AUGGCAGUUAAUGAAUGGAUCAAUGGUUAUUUAGAGGCCAUAUUGGAUAGUAAAUCGUCGAAUAUAGAGGAUAGUAGCGGCGUGAAUCUUCGAGAACGUGGUCAUUUUAAUCCGACCAAAUAUUUUGUUGAAGAAGUGGUUACCGGAGUCGACGAGACUGAUUUACACCGGACAUGGAUCAAGGUGGUUGCCACACGAAACACCAGAGAACGGAGUUCCCGUCUCGAAAACAUGUGUUGGCGUAUAUGGCAUCUUACUCGCAAGAAAAAACAGUUGGAGUGGGAAGAUUUACAAAGGAUAGCAAAGCGAAGGUUGGAACGGGAACAAGGCCGAAGCGACGUAAGAGAGGACAUGUCGGAAGACUUGUCCGAAGGGGAGAAAGUAGAUAUUCUUGGGGAUCUUGAGAGCCCACCGAAAACUUACCAACAUACAGCAUCUGACAUUUGGGCGGAAGAUAAAAAAGAGAAGAAGCUUUACAUUAUCCUCAUCAGUUUGCAUGGUUUGGUUCGUGGAGAAAAUAUGGAGCUUGGACGCGAUUCUGAUACCGGUGGACAGAUCAAGUAUGUUGUAGAGCUUGCUCGAGCUCUUGCUAGAACGCCUGGGGUGUAUAGAGUUGAUCUUUUCACCCGCCAAGUGUCUUCACCUGAAGUAGAUUGGAGUUACGGAGAACCCACUGAGAUGCUUACAACUAAUUCUGAAGAUGCCGAUGAUGAUGUUGGUGAAAGCAGUGGAGCUUAUAUUAUAAGGAUACCAUUUGGCCCUCGUGACAAAUACCUUCGCAAAGAAUUACUUUGGCCUCAUAUACAAGAAUUCGUAGAUGGAGCACUUGCACACAUUCUUAAUAUGUCGACAGUUUUGGGCGAACAAAUUGGUGGCGGUCAUCCAAUUUGGCCAUACGUAAUUCAUGGUCAUUAUGCAGAUGCAGGAGAUAGUGCAGCUAUUCUUUCGGGUGCUCUAAAUGUUCCCAUGGUUUUAACCGGGCAUUCCCUUGGUAGAAACAAGCUAGAGCAGCUUUUAAAGCAAGGCAGACAGUCAAAAGAAGAUAUUAAUUCAACUUACAAGAUUAUGAAGAGGAUAGAAGCAGAAGAACUUUCACUAGAUGCGGCUGAACUCGUUAUUACAAGCACCAGACAAGAAAUUGAUGAACAAUGGGGAUUGUAUGAUGGGUUCGAUGUCAAACUUGAGAAAGUUUUACGUGCUCGUGCUAGACAUGGUGUUAAUUGCCAUGGACGCUUUAUGCCAAGGAUGGCGGUUAUUCCUCCUGGGAUGGAUUUCAGCAAUGUCAUCCAAGAAGCAAAUGAGGCUGAUGGGGAUCUAUCCUUGACUAACACAGAAGGGUCUUCUCCAAAAGCAGUACCAGCAAUAUGGUCAGAAGUUAUGCAAUUUUUGACAAAUCCACAUAAACCAAUGAUAUUGGCCUUGUCAAGACCAGAUCCAAAGAAAAACAUUACUACUCUUUUGAAGGCUUUUGGAGAAUGUCACCCUUUGAGAGAGCUUGCUAAUCUUACACUUAUAAUGGGAAAUAGGGAUGAUAUAGAUGAGAUGUCUGCUGGGAACGCCAGUGUGCUCACAACCGUACUAAAACUGGUGGACAAAUAUGAUCUUUAUGGGCAAGUAGCAUUCCCUAAGCAUCAUAAGCAAAACGAUGUUCCAGAAAUCUACCGUCUUGCUGCCAAAACUAAGGGAGUUUUUAUAAAUCCUGCAUUGGUUGAACCUUUUGGGCUUACGUUGAUUGAGGCUGCAGCUCAUGGACUUCCUAUGGUAGCAACUAAAAAUGGUGGUCCUGUUGAUAUUCAUAGGGCAUUGAACAAUGGGCUACUAAUAGAUCCUCAUGAUCAACAAGGAAUAGCUAAUGCUCUACUUAAACUAGUAUCAGAGAAGAAUUUAUGGCAUGAAUGCCAGAAAAAUGGUUGGAAAAACAUACACCUUUUCUCAUGGCCUGAACACUGUUGCACAUAUCUAACAAGGGUGGCAUCUUGUCGUAUGAGACAUCCGAUGUGGAAAACCGACACGCCUGCAGAUGAAAUGCCACGUGAAGAAUCCUUAAACGACUCACUUCGUGAUGUGCAAGAUACAUCUUUGUUCCUCUCUAUCGAUGCAGAUAGAUCUUCGAUUAACGAGUCAUUAGAUGGUGGGGCUGAUAUUCAAGAUCAAGUAAAACGACUAAUGAGCAAGAUGAAGAAGCCCGGAUCAACAGAAAUAGUCGGUGAGAUUAACAAUAAUGCUUCCAAUAAGUAUCCCAAUUUAAGGAAGCGACAAAGGUUGAUCAUUAUAGCGGUUGAUUGUUACGAUAACAAUGGAGAUCCUGAGAAGACAAUGAUUAGUAUGAUACAAGAGACGUUUAAGGCGAUUAAAUUAGACGCACAAAUGGAAAAAGUAACCGGUGUUGCCAUAUCCACGGCCAUGCCGUUAUCAGAAUUGAUGGAUUUAUUGAAAUCUGGGAAAAUAAAGGCGAACGAGUUUGAUGCUAUGGUUUGUGGCAGUGGAAGCGAAGUUUAUUAUCCGGGCACUUACGAAGAAGGUGGUGAACUCUAUCCGGAUCCUGAUUAUGCCACACAUGUUGAGUACAGAUGGGGUUCUGAUGGUUUAAAGAAAACCAUUUGUAAACUAAUGAAUACAGUUGAAGGUGAAGAUGCAAAAUCUGGAAAACCUUCCAAACAGAUCGAAGAAGAUGUAAAAUCGAGCAACUCUCAUUGCCUAUCGUACCUGAUAAAAAAUGUUAAGACGGCAAAGAAAGUGGAUGAUCUGAGACAAAAAUUUAGAAUGAGGGGUUUACGGUGCCAUGUUAUGUAUUGUAGAAACUCAACAAGAAUGCAAGUCAUUCCUCUCCUUGCCUCUCGAGCACAAGCCCUUAGGUACUUUUUCGUCCGUUGGAGAUUAAACGUUGCAAAUAUGUACGUGGUUCUUGGGGAAACUGGCGACACAGAUUACGAAGAAAUGAUAUCAGGCACCCACAAAACGGUUAUCAUAAAAGGAGUUGUGAAAAAGGGUUCCGAAGAGUUGCUUAGAAGCAGUGGUAGCUACUUAAAAGAGGACAUAGUUCCUGGAGAGAGCCCGCUCAUUGUCUAUGUUAAUGGAACUACGGCCGAAGAAAUGGCAAACGCCUUAAAAAAGGUUUCUAAGUGCGAUGCAUGA